CACUGAGAUACAAAGGCUACAGCGCCAUGAGCUUAAUGCUAGGAAUAAACUGAGUGUCAGCACCCAAGGAGAGUCUGGUGUUGCUAAAAAGAGAGACUGACCAUGGAAGAGUAUGCAUACGAUCCCGAUGUUUGGAAGACAUUAGAGAAUGUCAGCAAGGAGGGGCACGAGAAUUUCCAGAAGUUCGGCAAGAUCUUCCUCCCCUGCACGUAUCUGCUGGUGUUCUCCUGUGGCCUGGUGGGGAACUGUCUGGUGCUGGCAGUCUAUAUAUUUUUCCAGAAGGCAAAGAGUCUGACAGACCAAUUUCUUAUGAACUUACCCAUAGCUGACUUACUGUUUCUUUGUACUCUGCCAUUCUGGGUUUAUGCCACCAUUCAUGAGUGGGUCUUUGGGCAAGUCAUGUGCAAGGUGAUCCUGGGGAUGUACACCUUAAAUUUCUACACAUCCAUGCUGUUCCUGACCUCCAUCACCAUUGACCGGCUUCUGGCAGUCGUCCAGGCCACCAAGACCUACAAUUACCAAGCCAAAAGGAUGACGGUGGGGAAGAACCUCUGUGCCACCAUUUGGCUGAUCUCCCUAACAGUCACCAUCCCACAGUUCAUGUAUGCCAGAGUUUUUCCAAAUGACAAGAGGGUUUGUCAUAACGAAGAGGAAGGCAUUUCUACUGUGGUGCUCUCCACCCAGAUGACAAUCGGGUUCUUCCUGCCUCUGAUAGCCAUGAUCGUCUGUUACUCGGUCAUCGUCAAGACCCUGGUGCAGGCCAAAAGGUUCCAGAAGCACAAGUCCUUAAAGAUCAUCUUCUUGGUGGUGGUGGUAUUCAUCGCGACCCAGCUGCCUUUCAACCUCAUGAAGCUCAUUCGCACCACGAACUGGGAGUAUGACACAGACCCGCGCUUCCUGUACGGUCUCAUGGUGACGGAGGCCAUCGCCUACCUACGGGUCUGCCUCAACCCAGUGCUCUACGCCUUUGUCGGGCUGAAAUUCAGGAGGAACUUCUGGAAACUCAUGAAGGCCCUCAAGUGCCCCCAGGCCGCAGGGAAAGCAGGCCAGUGGAAGUCCAGCGACGACACCUCCAGAAGUUGUUCUGCUUCCAACCACGCUCAGGCCACCAGCCUGUAUCAGCUGUAGCACAACCCCACAAUUCCCCACAAUUCAGCUGCGUCAGUAAGCGCUUAUGAGACGCCUGCUGCAUGCCAGGUACUGUGCUCGGUGCCACAAAGUGAAGCAUUCUGGACGGUUCUAGGACGAUGGCUGUAUGUCGAGUGGGACAUCUGCUUGUAGACUCUGGAUAGGCAGUGCUGUGCUGGCCACUGUGGAUUCUUUUCUCUUGAGAUAAAGAUGCUGAGCUAGGCAGGGCCCCUGCGCUCGGGGACCCUAGGAACUAGACUAGGGCAAGGUCAUUCCCCGACUCUGAACCAGCACGGGCAUCAAGCCCGGCCUUUGGGCACGCCAUGAAAUGGACAAAGGGUCAGCCACACCACUACGGACACCGUGGCUCAGGGGACGAGAGGACAGAGUGGUACAAGCUUGGAGAAGGAAAGGACACGGAGGAGAGCCAAGAGAUCUCGGGCCCCGGGCCUGAAGCAGACGUCUUGCUGUCAGGUCUCCGGAUCCCAGCGGUCUGCUGCGCCAGGAGAUAGGCCAUGGCGGGCUCUCCUGUGACAGGCGGAUGGGCCCAACGCAAACGUCACCGUCUGAAGGGACGCAUGCCCUUUGGUGAAAGCGUCUUGUAAAGGGGAACGGCGAGUCUUUGGGAACUCUGUCUGGCUUGUCCCUAAGUGAGGUUUGGGGAGUGGAGCAUCCUUUCCCUAGUACAGUCUGGUCAUAAUAAAGGGUUGUUUUCAC